CCGGCGGAGGCGGAGCCGCGCAGGGAGGAUCCCGGGACGGGCCGCGGCGGCGCAGCCAUCGCUCGGCGCGGCCGGGGCGGCCGAAGGGCCCGGGACAGCUCGCCCCGCCGGCCGGCAUGGCCGCCCGCAUCCUGCACCGCCUGCGGCACGCGCUGGCCGGCGAAGGCGCCAGGGAGGAGCCGGCGCGCGGCACCGCCGAGGCCGAGGACUUCCCGGAGAGCUCGGAGCUGGAGGACGACACCGAGGGGCUGUCCACGCGCCUCAGCGGCACCCUGAGCUUCACCAGCCACGACGAGGAGGAGGAGGAGGAGGAGGAGGAGGAGGAAGAGGAGGAGGACGGCGCCGGAGGGGAGCUGGGCCAGCUGCCGGCACCGCCAGGGGAGGCCGCCGGUGCCGAGGAUGGAGGCAGGUGCCGGGGUUGGUGCUGGGGUCGGGCCGGGCCGGGGAGCCGCUGGGACACGGGAGAGCCCCCACGGCCCCCCACGGCUGACGGCGGCUGUCCCCGCGCAGAGUGGGCCCCGGCGGGCGAGCGCGCCGGCGGCAGCGGCCUGCUGACCCGGCAGCUGCAGGAGCUGUGGCGGCGGUCGCGCGGCAGCCUGGCACCGCAGCGGCUGCUCUUCGAGGUCACCAGCGCCAGCGUGGUCAGCGAGCGCUCCUCCAAGUACGUGCUCUACACCAUCUACCUGAUCCGCUCGGGCCGCUUCGACAAGGCGCCCGCCGCCAUCGCGCGCCGCUACUCGGACUUCGAGAGGCUGAACCGCCGCUUGCGCUGCCGCUUCGGCUGCGACAUGGCCGGCGUCGCCUUCCCCAGGAAGCGGCUGCGCCGCAACUUCGCCGCCGAAACCAUCGCCAAGCGGAGCCGGGCCUUCGAGCAGUUCCUGUCCCACCUGCACUCCAUCGCCGAGAUCCGCCGCUCCCCCGAGUUCCUCGAGUUCUUCUUCCUGCCGGACCUGCGGGCCGCGCAGCGCCUCACCUGCACGGGCAUGUACCGCGAGGCCCUGGCCGCCUGGGCCAACGCCUACCGGCUGCAGGACCGCCUGGGCGCCUGCGCCUCGGGCCGCUUCCUCCUGACGCUGGCGGGCCUCGCCGUCUGCCACCAGGAGCUGGAGCAGCUCGGCGAGGCGCACGGCUGCUGCGAGCAGGCGCUGCAGCUGCUGGCGGCGCAGGACAGCCACCCGCUGCUGGGGCCCUUCCUGCAGGCCCACGUCCACCUGGCCUGGAAGGUGGGCAAGGACAAGCGGCAGUCGGAGGCCCGGCUGCAGGACCUGCAGGACGCGGGGCUGCCCCUGCAGCAGCCGCCCACCCUCAAGGAGUGUUUGAUCAAGGAGGCCCUGGACUGAGCGCCCUCCCCAGCACCGGGGCCGCACCGGAGCGGCGGCCGUGCCUGGCGGGGCCGCACAGCCGGUCCCCGGGGGACGCGGGGGCUGGGGGUAGCGGG